UAAGACCGCAAGUGUACCACCGUGUCGACGAAACAACGUAUACGUGGACGGUCUCCGAGCUCGCGGGACGAACGGAGACGGAUCGAAGUGACGGGAGAAUCGGGUUUCAAUUACGAUAAAAUCGGGAUACGGCAGGGGGGCAUGUGUGCCGGUGAUGCGAUGUGAACGAGUGCAGAGUACGCGAUCAGUAAACAAAGAGGUAGCGUGAAGUUCGUAGGUGUCGAGAGAAAGGGAGAAAGAGGAACCGACAGUAGGUUGAGGGUGGUGCUGUGACCUAGUGCGGAAAUACAGCCACCCUGCACAAUGAUUGUUCGGAGGUGCUUCACAUCGACCGCGGUAUUCAUCGUCCUAACGUUGUUAGGCGGAUUCGAUAGAUGCGCGGCUGAACGAUGGUCACGACAAAUAUCUAACAGCGAAUGGAUUCCCCUGGCUAAUCCAGGAUCUGUAUCCGCUCAAUUGCAGCGGAAUAACGCGGAAAGCGGACUUUUGUCUAGCAGUACGCAUUUACCGAAUCCAAUCCAAACGAUCUCGUUACCACCCGCCCUUCAACAGCAAUACCAGGACCAGCUGAUUCAGCUGCAGAAAACGCAAGAGAGUAUUCAAAAGCUCCUUCUGUUGCAGCAACAACUCAAAACUCAGCAACAACUUCUUCAAACUCAACCGUUCCCGCUCGGUGAUUAUAGUAACGCCGAAGAUGAGAAACUACCGCCAAGUUCCUUAGGUAAUUUACCAUCGGCACCUGAAUUAAUGUCGGAAGCUCUGGUACCCCCGCAACCAGCUUCGGAGGCACUUCCGCCGGUACAUCCUCCUCAGAACUUCCAAAGACCGGGACAAGCCUAUCAGAAUCAAGAACUAUCGAAUUUGCCCAUUCAGGGUCAAGUUACACUGCAACACGGCCAAAAUUACGAGAACGUAGAGAAUGCGCAAGAAGUACCGCAAACUUAUGUAACGAAACCCGGAAGUCACAGACCAGACGGAAAACGUUUGAAAGGGCAAGGAUUACCGCAACCUUCUCUGAUUGGAAGCGUGGGCGAUGAGGAGGAGGAGAUUCAACUAGUAUAUGUCCCGGCGGAAACAUUGGCGCAAAGAGGUCAAUCAAAAAAGGGCCGCGGAAGGAAGCAAUAUCCCGUUCGCCAACAGCAUUCUCAACGAGAGAACCAAGCAAAUAUCGACCAAACCUCUCUUUCGCCCGAUCAAGAAGCCUUUGCGCGGCAAGUAUUGCAGCAGAUCCAAAAAGAACACCAAGAGACAGCGCAGUUCCUAAAGGAGGAACGCGCAAAAGAGUUCACUAGAUUGAACGAGGAGCAAAAGGCGCUGGAACGGAAAACACGAUUGCAACAAGAGGCCCUUCAAAGAGAACAAGAACUAUUACGACAAAAAGAGGCCGACAAGAAACGAAAAGAAUUGGAAAGGCUGGAGGAAAUGGCAAGGCAACGAGAAUUGGAUCGAAUUCGCGAUGCUAGAGAAAAACAGAGACAGGAAGAGCUUGAACGACGACGGCUUUCCGAACUUCGCAUCAAGGAGGAGAAACGUCGCGAAGAAGAAGCCAGACAACGCGAGGAGAAACAAAAGCUAGAGUUGGAACAGCAGAGAAUUUUGGAAAGUCAACAGGAGGAUCAAUUACGGGUCACCAGUUCAAGUUUCCAAAACACUCAAUCCCAGGCCUUAAUCCGUGAACAGCCACGUCGCCAGCAUCUCACGGACGGCAGCAGGAUCAAAAAGAUUCGCGGCAGGCAACGUCCACGAGUCAAUCAAUAUCAGGAACAGUCAAAUCACCGCGAGGUCACUACCACACCAUCGCCUAAUCAGCCACCCCUCUCCGUUUACAUGGGCAGUUCCACGUCCAGAUUAGAUACCGUCAAGGUUACUGAUGUCUUAAAGAUCUUAAAAAACGCGAAAACCAUUGCCGUUCUGGAGAACAUCAGUCCCGAUAGCCCGCAGGUAUUCGUGGGCCCGUCAAACCUCGACCCUCCUUAUGGUUAUGCAAAGUUUGAUCUUCCCUACCUGUCGUCGAUCGAUCAUAACAGGGUAGAACGCAAAGUCGACAAACUGCCUUUCUUCGUCGCCCCGCUAAGUUUCGAACCGCCCCUAGGUUAUUCUAAAAUACCAUUCCCAGCGCCGCACAUUGGUUCUGUUGUUAUCAAUAACUUAUCGGAAACAUCCUCGGAACCGAACACUUCGACGGACGAACAAAAUCCCAACCCGACGCCUUUAAUCCAGCCAAAUUCUUACAGUGACGUUGAUCAAAGCGGAACCAUCGCUACCACCGCAUCCUACGAUUCUUCGACCACUCAAAAUUUUUCCCCGGAAUCCAGCAGUCCUAAGUAUGAGUCUGCUUAUUCAACGCCGUCCUCAAGUUCAAAGUUCAGAUUUAGACAAUAUUACGACAAUAAGCCGUCUCCUGUCAGCACGGCAUACUAUGGCGAACAAUCAACCACGAAAACAAAGCCGAAGCAUUAUUACGAACAAGAAUCUACCAAACUUACUACUCAGUCUCCGAAAGUCGAUACGACACCCAGCUAUAGACAGGAAGUAAUCUAUUCUAGCACACCAAAUUUCCAGGACAGGUCAGUAAGUUCACAUGAUCCGUCUACAAAGGAGCAGGAUUUGGCGGCUCAAUUAGCGCUCAUCAAUCAAGAGCUUGGCCAACAGCAAAGAGAGUCUCAGAAAUACAUCGCUGAACAAUAUCAUUCCCAGUCCAAUCUAGGUGAAUCGUACGAUGCCAAUGACGUCAGAGGGCCAGUAGGACCAACACAAUACAAUUUACCAGCAGAAUUACCACCGAUCUCUCCGCAUUUGCCGGGUUUGGUAAAUUCUUUGUUAGACAAGCAAGAGAGAAAUCUUCCUAUUGCUUCGACACCACCACCGACAACGACCACGACUACUAGGCCAACAACGACGACUACUCGUAUAAGCUCCACAACUUAUAGACCACGAGGAAGAGGCAGAAUCGUACCUACAAGAGUUAGAACGACUCAGGCACCUGGUAACAGAACGGAAAGACCAACCCGAAGACCAACGUACAAUCGAUCCAAGUCUAGAUUUACGACCACAACGGAAGAUUACAACGAUUCCUCUUAUGAACCAACGAAGUCGAAAACGCCGGAGACCACGCAGAAAUAUAGCGCAAACACAGAACACAGAAGACCAACAUCCAGAACGCAAAAGUUCAAAAGUCGAGAUAGAGCGAAUUCCCAGUCCGCGAUCCAAAAUCACAACAUGCAAGCAGCUAACUUCGAGAACUAUCCUCAAAGAGAUUCGCAGAGUAAUGUAUCUCCCGACACGUACUCACCGCCGAGCGGACCCGCUUCUAGUUUCCAACAGAAAGAAACUCCUUUGUCAGGGAUGAGCAAUUAUCCGGAAAAUUAUUCGACUGCUCCCAUGCAAACCGAUAAUUAUCCACCGUUGCGCGAGGUCCAGCACAGCACGCCUUUAGUGUCCGAUGAUUACUCCAGGAGUCAAAAUUACCAGCAAAACAGCCCUCAAGAAGCUAUGCGCUAUCAGCAACAAGAUGCAGUGUACGAUCAGAACGAUAACUUCCAGCCAUCGGGACUCGAGAAUGCUCCGGUGAAUGGAUUCAAUUAUCAAAUUGCAAAUGAGAAUUCAGACCAAACGAUUUCCCAGAGACCCAAAGAAUAUUCGCGUUACCAGGAAGAAACCAACUACAAUCUGGCCACGACAAUGGACCCGCAAAUAAUGCCUGGCGAGGAACAUCGAUAUUCUCCGAUUUAUGAGACGCAAACUCCACCAGAUUAUAAUGCCGGCAAGCUCGAGAGUGCAGCGAUAGAAACUGAUCCAAAUGCGUCACCGAUUUUCAUUCCACUUCAACAGAGCAAGCAGGAGGAUUACGAAUUACAGAUCCCCUCGACAGAGACAUCGUUUAUGGAAAUCACCACGACUAGCACAACCACUCCUGCACCCCUAAUAAUACGUCAACGAGUUCGAGCUCGUCUAGGAGGCAGUCGCACUCAUCACGACUCUGCGAUUCAGACGCGACCCCGCGGUUCUCAGGACGAAUACGUACGUUUCAGCGCUGUGAACAACGAUUCCAGUCGUAGCACCAGUCAUCGGCAUCGCGAUGGAUCGAGGACGAGGACACGCGUGCGUCCGCAAAGUCACGGGUCGCAGGUACAAACAGAGGGUAACGAGUACAUAAAGAUACACACGAUUCAACAGCAGAAACUGAUCGCCACCACCAUACCGCCACCGACGACAACUACAACAGCUCGAACGGUGGAGGAGGAUGUCGAUUACGGAUUCAUAAGGCCACCGAACUUCCAACCGGUGCAUCCAGUGCAUCCGGUGGAUAGCAGAUUCCAAGCACCGAUUACAUACAGACCUCCUUUGUCCGAGAUACAGCACUUUCUCUCCAAUGACGAGACGGCGGUGGAGUCGAGCCCGUCACACGUUUUAAAAAAUCGUCCAAAAUACCAAACCUCGAAUCGUCGUCCGACCACGAAAAUAUUCGCGACGACAACAACAAGCACUUCGACGGAAACUGUACCUGUUGCGACGACGAUACCAGACGAUGUAUACACUACAAAAUCGAAAACAAGACCGGAUGAGCCAAAGUCGACAAGACCACGAGGUAGAAUUCGGCGGCCGGGGAAGAAACGCAUUACCACAACCACGGAAUCCGGCCUCGAGGCAAACAACGAAUUACCGCUAGACGAAAACUACCCUCGAAUACCAUCACAACAGCUGCCCGUGACAGCGAGCGGACAACAGCCUCUCUACGAAGACAAUUUCGACGUCGCGCCGCAAUUCAUGCCAAAUCAAAAUAGACCGACACAAUUUUACGAGGAAAACAGCGAAAACUAUCCGCCUCAAGAAUUUGUUCUAAACUUCGGCAAUCUGCCGGAACAAGUGUCGCAGCGUGAAGAAUACGAUCAGACCCAGCUGGCUAGUAUUUCACCGAAGAAGUAUAGCCACUCAAAUCGCCCGGAUGCGAGCGCGCAGUCCACCAGUGACAUUUACGGCGCCGAAAGUCAGUGGUCCACGAAGCUGUCGAAGACAUCGUUCCAGCCGAGCUUCGCCUCGAAUCGCGUGGCUGGUGAAUCGAAAAGAGGCCGAAGCAAAACCGAUAAUGAUCAGGAGAACAAAAACGCGCCUGAGAUUAUUACGGCUGGACCAGAGGUAUCACCGGUAACGAUGGUCGUUUCCUCGGACUAUCAAAAACAUUUAAACGAUGCUGACAAUAUGGACACAAUGAUGGAUGGUUUCGGAUGGAAAACGAACGCGCAGGAUCCCACGGAGAAAUUGAUCGCUACGACGACAGUGACAAAUUUAGCGACAACAGUGCUUCAGGAUCAAUCCCAAAGCGAUAAGGAAACGUUGCCAGAAUCGCGGGACUGGAGCGAUCAAAACAAAAACUUUUCGAAACAGAUGGAUGACAAUACGAGGGUGAUAAAAUCUGAUUCUCUUACCGGUAGAAAGACUCGGAGAAGAAAAGUUCGCGUGCGCGUAAGACCACUCGUGGACGAUUUCGUUACCGCCGAAUCUCAGCACUACAAUUCUGCGGUGAACAGUCUGGUUCAAGAUCAAUACAAGUACAAUCCGAUUCACGACUCGCGGUUCACCACCGCUCAGCCGAUUGCGACGACCGUUACCACAAGUAGUACGACAACCGCAGAAUCGGCCAAGAAAUCGCUUCUCCAGGAUUUUCUGGAAGAGAUGUUGAAGAAUGAUGAAGUCUCCAUUCCGACUCGUAUCACUUCGAUUACUACCGAAAUACCCGAUUGGACGGUAUCGACACCAAUGACGACACCGUACGUCUUCUUUGAUGAUGGUCAAGUUACAACCUUGAAAGAGAAUUACACACCGAUCGAUACGACGUUGAUAGCGAAUAUUGAUGAAGAACGCGUUUCAACGGUAACUGAAAAUUUAAACGAAUCAAAAGAUAAGUCCCACGAAGCGAUAACUGAAGGGCAAAAAGAAGUUAAGUCAAAAAGAUACAAGAAUUCUCAGGAAGAUAAGAGCGAGAAUAAUUUGGAAAACGUCGAAAUAUUUAAUCAAAGAUAUAAUCUACCAUCAAAUUAUCCCGAUGGAACAGGAAUCUCGAAGAAAAAUGAAGAUAGCACAACGAAACUGGCUGGUUUUCCAAAGGAAGAUAAAAAAUCGAGUGCCAUCAGUAAAGAGAAGGAACAUGUAAUGACGUUAAAGAGGCAAGAAAACAUCGAAGAUAACGAGGCGCACCCGAAGAAUCAUAAAACCGAGUGGAGCGAAGUAAGAUACCCGUCAGAUUUCGAUAGGUCACAAACUACCAUAAAUUCAUAUAUCACGACGCCUAUCCCCGGCAUCAUUACGCGAAACGAGGGCGAGAGCACUGUGAAAACACUCUCCGACUACGUGAAGGCUAUCUUCGACAGUAUGAAAAACGCCGAGGAGGAUGGGGAGAUCGCGAAAGUGACCGAAGCUAAAAGUGAGACAGAUAAUUAUACGAAUAGGACUUUGGCACACGUGGCAAGCUUGAAAGAAAGUAAAGAGAUUGAUCAAAAAGCCGCCACGACUAACUCUCCACAGGAUAUUUUCGCGACGCAACGUGUUGAGGUUGAAGAGAACGGGACAAAACCUAAAGAAAUACAAGAAACGACGACGGAGAGCGCUAUUAAUUUCGAAACGACCACAUUGAUUCCAGAUACGACCACGAAUACAGUAAUACUGACCGAGGAGACCUUAAUAACAGAACCUUCCACGACAUCGAGUAGACAAAUGGGUAACAUAUUUAGGACGAACUCUACGAUGAUGGGCAAAGUCCUAAAAACUUCGACCACAACGAAAGUGUCUCACAUGACAGAGAUUUGUUACAGGGGUCGAUGUGUAAUGACGAGGCCCAAGAUGGAUGAUGCUAUGAAGAGAUGAGGGAAAUUCGAUAAUUCGGUUGUGGGAUUAUUCUUAGCACUUUCCUAUCCGAUCGUUAAAAGAUAAACUGUAGAUGGCAAGCAGAAGUCUCGAGAAUUGUUUAUUAUGAGUAUCUAUCACUGUCAAAAAAUACAGCAAAAGAUAUUGAAUGAUUUAACAACAUUUUCUAUAUCAAUAUGUUGGUAAAUGAUAUCUUAACGUCUUACAUGUUGAUUUUAAAUAGAUCUGAAAAUUCCGAAAA